CUCAAGAGAAAAAAGGGGAAAAAAAGAAGAAAUUUUGAAGGGAAAUCUGAAAUGGGUAUGAAGAAUUUGGUGAUGUUGUUCCUCUUCCUCGUAACCCCAACAACGUUUGUAGCCGCCGACCAAACCCUAAUCCAAAAGACGUGCAGAAGCACUCUUUACUACGCCCUCUGCAUGUCCUCCCUGAAAUCAGACCCCACCAGCCUCACCGCCGACACCAAGGGCCUCGCCGCCAUUAUGGUCUCCAUCGGCGCCGCCAAUGCCACCGCCACUUCCACCUACCUCUCAUCUCAGCUCCCCACCUCCGGAGCCAACAACCACAACAACAACAACAACAAGAACAGAACAAAACUCAUCCGACAAUGCUCCGAAAAGUACGCAUUUGCAGCUGAAGCGCUUCGGGCUUCUCUCAAAGACUUGGCCGAUGAGACUUAUGAUUAUGCGUAUAUGCAUGUGGCUGCGGCGGCAGAUUAUGCCAAUGUUUGCCGGAAUGGCUUCAAAGUGUUCCCGACGGUGGCUUAUCCGGCGACGCUUCGUCGGAGGGAAGAAGGGCUGAAGCGUAUUUGCAGAGUGGUUUUGGGGAUUCUGGAUCUUCUUGGCUGGUAAUCAUUGUUGUCUCUCUUCAUCUAAAUCAUAAUUUUGUUUUUACUUUUGCUUUUUAUUUUUUGUAAUAAAUUUGAUCUUUUUUUCAUAUUAUGUUCUUAAAAGGAAUUUAAUGACUCUUGUCUCAUGAAUUAACCUACUUUUUCUGGAUU